AUGACUGUGGCUAUUUUUGCCAGUAAGGUGACCUCCUUAAAAAAUGCAUUCGGUCGCCUUUCUGUCAGCCAAGCCGCUGGGGAAGCAGUAUUUUGCUCAACUUACAUUCUCUAUUAUACACCAAUGGUCCUCUUGUGA